AGUGCCUUUUUACAAUGAGUAUGAAAGCUGACCACAAAAGAGGAGACUUGUGCUGCAGCCUAGCAAGGAUCCAAAUACUAACAGAGAAAGACCAACAUUCACCCUGGAAUAAAAGGAUUCAUAUAUGAGACUCAAGAGAAGUCAGUAAAAUGAAGAACAAGAUGAGUAUUCUCAAGUUUUCAUGGAGUGUACAGGCUGAGACUGUACAACAAAGAUGAGGAGACAGUCCUGUUUUGCGUUAUUGUUCUGUGGAUUAUUUUUGCCUGGAAUCCUUACUUUUCCACAGACAAAUACCUCAAUUGAUUGUGAAUCUUUGUUACCAAACUAUGAAGCUGAACCACAGAAAUCUGCACCACCAUAUAUUAUUGCUGUAUCUUUUGAUAACUUUGAGGCAGGAAAUGAAAUCCAAGUGACUCUAGAAGCGCUUCAAGGUGUUGGUUUUAAAGGAUUUAAUCUACAAGCUCGAGAAAUAGAAGGAGAUGUUCCUAUUGGUACUUUUAAAAUUACAGAUACAAACACUAAAGGCUUGGAAUGCCAUAAUGAGACGAAUUCAGCAUUAAGUCAUGCAAAUUCAGAUGUGAAACAGAAAAUUACAACAUCAUGGAUUGCUCCACAGGCUGUUGGAGAUCUUCAUUUUAUUGCAACUGUUGUUCAAGAUCUAGAGAAAUACUGGGUUGGAAUUCAAAGCAAAACUCUAACAUCUAUGCGUUCUGAGUCAGUUAAUGGAACAGGAAAAAGUAAAAGGAAGAUGAUGAUAGAACUAGAAUGUAACAAGCGUGGAGGGACUUACUCAACACAAGGCGGAUGCGUCAUGAUUGCACCCUCCGGAUCCUCUCAGAAGAGCUAUUCAGGCGGUCAGAGUGGAGUAGUCUACACAAUAAGCAAGAGUGGAUGUGGCCCUGGAGGUGCUGCUGGUGUAUAUAGUCAACAGGCCUGUAGAGAUAGUGCAUUCUCCUCCAGUGGUGGUCUUACCUAUGGCCAGUCUGUCCCUUCAAGCUCUUCAGAUUCCAGUAAGAAGGUUGUGAUUGUUGCCAACAGCAACCCUUUUCCACCCGUGCGUCAUACCUACCCCCAGAGUUUGGGAAGUUCUGCAACUAGGAUCAUAAUACAGAGUGGGCAAAAACAACAAACCAGCAGUACUUAUGUUCAGGGGUCGCAAGGCAGCCAGUCCUAUGGCCAGAGCUUCCAGCCUCAAGGUGGUACUUCCUAUGGCCAGCAGGGUGGGUCAUCUUCAAGUGGCAGCAGUGGUUGUGGACAAGGUGUUUCCUAUGAUAGCAAUCCCUGCCACCAGGGUGAAUCAUACUCAUCAAGCAAUGGUGAUAGCCAACAGGAUGGAUCAUCAUACUCUCAAAAUUAUGGUAGCAACCAGGGUGGAUCCUUCUCACAAAGCUAUGGUGGUGGCAAUGGCGGAUCAUCCUCCUCAGAUGGCUAUUAUGAUAGUCAGGGUUCCUCAGAUGAUAAUCCCAAUGCUUGUGAUGAUAAUGAAACUACCUAUAGUGCCAAAAGUCAGAGUUCUGGUUGUGGAAAAAAGAAAGUUGUUGCCCGAGAUACAUCACAUGUUCUGAGAAGAAGCGACUAUGAUGUACAGAAUGAGUCUUCUACUUCAAAUAGCAGCCACACUAACCUCCAGGGUGGAUCAUUUGUUGCAACCAGUGGUGAAUCAAGUGGUCAGGGUGAUUGCACUUGUCCUGAUGGGAGCAGUGGUCACAGACAGGAUGGCCCAGGUUCUUCCCACAGCUCUUAUUCUGGUAACCAGGGAGGACCUUCCAUGUAUCCCGUUGGAUCUUACGGACAGGGAGCCCCAGGUUCUUCACACAGCACAUAUUCUGGUAACCAGGGAGGGCCCUUCUUCUAUCCCGGAGGAGCCUAUGGACAGGAUGGCCCAGGUUCUUCCCACAGCUCUUAUUCUGGUAACCAGGGAGGACCUUCCAUGUAUCCCGUUGGAUCUUACGGACAGGGAGGGUCUUCUGUCUAUGAUAGCAGCAGUGAAUCCUAUGGCCAGGGUGGAUCUUCCGCGUAUAGUGGUGCUGGAUCUUAUGGUCAGGAUUCACCUUCUAUAGGAGGAAGUGAAAAUGAUGCCAUUGAGUCCACUUCACCAUCUGGCAGCCGGCAGAGUGAACGGGAUUUUUAUUCCCCAGGAGGCAGCCAGUCAGGUGGACAUGGAUCAUCUUCUCAAGGUGGUGGCUACUCCAGUGGACAGGGUUUAACUUCUUCAGGAGGCAGGCAGUCUGGUGGACAGGGUGGAUGUGAUUGUUCUGGAGGAAGUUCUGGCUCAUCUUCAUCCGGAGGCAGCCAGUACGGUAGCCAGGGGUCAUCAUCUUAUGGAGGCAGCCGUUAUGGUGGACAAGUUUCACCUUCCUCAGGAGGCAGCCAGUAUGGUGGACAGGGUCAGCCUUCUUCAGGAGGCAUACAGUAUGGAGGACAGGGUCCAUCUUUCUCAGGCGGCAGCCAUUAUGGAGGACAGGGCUAUUCUUCAGGAGGCAGGCAGUCUGGUGGACAGGGUGGAUGUGUGUGCCCUGGUGGAAGUUCAGGCUCUUUUGGAGGAAACCGCUACCAUGGUGGACAGGGAUCAUUUCCAUUAGGAAGCAGCCAGUACGGUGGGCAGGGCUCAUAUCCUUCUGGAGGCAGACAACAGGGUAAACCAGGCUUCUCGGGAAGCACUUAUUCUGGGAAACCGAAUUCACCUUCCUCAGGCGGCAGUCAAGUGAGCUCUGCUGGGAAACAUUCCAUUCCCCAACUCCUCCUGGUUUUCAGUGUUUUGAGUGCCUUUGCUCUCUCUGCUGCUGCAUCAAAAUGGUCUAUAUGAACUUCUGAAGAGCUGUUUGGCAUCCUAGACAUAGAUUAUAUUCCGUUAUACUAGAUUAACUACUUGAUGUAAGAAAAAAAAAAUACCCUUAAGUCAAAUAGGCAAAUCCUACUUGGCUGUUACGUUGCAUGACUAGCUAGUAUGCUGUGCCUCUCAUUACUUUACCUUUGGUGUUAGUCACUAGUAGAUACCAUUAGUUUUGUCAGUAUUUUAGGCAUCAUUUUAAGAGCAUAUUGUACGCUCCCUAUAAGAUUUGUUUUUAUUACCAAUGGGGAAUGUGAUGAACACCUACCUGAAAUCUGAUUGGUGCAGCAAACCAAUACUUUAAAAAUAUCUGGUUAUUAGCAAAAGGGGAGGAGGUCAAACAAGUUGUUGUAUAUGCAAACUGAGCACCAUAUCUGGUCAUCAUAGCAUAAAAAAUGCUAAUGUAGACAUCUGAUAAGCAGGCCUCAAUGGGACAGGAGAAAAGGUGCUGAAAUAUCAGAGUAUUGGUUUUAGUCUCUUGUAAUCAAACGCAAGUUCCAUACAGAGAUUGCAAAACAAAAUACUCCAUGGGACUGAAAUGUUAUUAAAUUAAUUAAAGUUUAUGCAUUAGAGAAGCCAAACAGCUCAGAGCAAAGAAAUCCUGCAUUCUGUUCAAACUGGUUGCAAAUACCUAGAAUUCUGUAGAGAAAUAUAGGAGGCAAGGCACUCCAGAUUAGGCUGAUAGUCUAAAAGCUGCUGAAAAACAAUGUAUUUCCCUUGGGAAGGAAUGGAAAUCUAAUUAAAUUCAUAAAACUGAUAGUAUCUUGGCUCCUUUUCUCAACUAUUUAGUCUAACCUGGGAUACCUGAUAUUCCUGGAAAUGUAAUUUCAGUAACAGUGCUGACAGCUGCAAGCAGGUACAGUAAAUGUGGUCACAGGAGUGACAUUUUCGAGUUCAGUUCCACAUCUUGCAGCGAAGUCCACUGGAGCUGCCAGAGCUGCCCUGUUUGUGCAGUGACCAUCGUGGUGGCACCGUGUGAGUGGUGCCGUGUCCGUCGUCGUGCCGCUCCUACAGCUCACCUGGGGUCAACCGACUGUGUUCUCCUGAAGUACACGUUCUAAUUAAUGCCUACUGAACAUGUGUCUAGUCUUAAAAUUACAUUUAGUUGUAGUAUGCUUGUCUCCCAGGGUCUGCAAUUGUAACUGAUUAAUGGAGAUACAUGUCAGCUUCUGCUACCAGCUUCAGCUGGGAUUUCACCCGGUGCUGAUGUGCUGGACACUCUGUCCUUUGCCAGCCACCAGUAAGUCAACCUCAGUAAUUUAGGCUGUAACUGAAACACACGGGAGUUUUUGCCUAAAUACGGUCCUUCAAAAUCUGGUGGGCGCUUUGUUUCUUUCGAGUAGACACUAAGGUUCUCUUCGA